GCGUGUGUAUAGAUAUAACAUUGAACAUUUUGAUGGUUUGCAUUUUCAGUUAAAGUCCAAUUCAAAGCACAAAGAAAAUCAAAAUUGUAUAUACAAAUUGGGGGAAAAUGGAGAAUGAGAGUGAGUAUAAGAAACCGUCAGUGAUGGUCACAAAUGACGAUGGAAUUGAUGCUCCGGGCUUGAGAUCUCUCGUUCAAGUUCUUGUCUCCUCCAAUCUCUUCAAUGUCCUUGUUUGUGCUCCCGAUUCUGAAAAGUCAGCUGUUAGCCACAGUAUCUCAUGGCAACAUCCUCUUUCCGUCAAGAAGGUGGACAUCAGUGGAGCGACAGCUUUUGCGGUUUCUGGAACCCCAGCAGACUCCACUUCCAUCGGGCUCUCCAAAGUGCUCUUCCCCUCUGUACCUGAUCUGGUUGUCAGCGGAAUAAAUAAGGGUAGCAAUUGCGGUUAUCACAUUGUCUACUCAGGCACAGUGGCUGGUGCACGAGAGGCUUUCUUCAAUGGUGUUCCUUCGGUCUCAGUGUCAUAUGACUGGGUUGGUGGAAAAAGCAAGGUCGAUGAUUUCGUAUUGGCAGCUGAAGCUUGCAUGCCAAUCAUUACAGCUAUAUUGGCUGAGAUCAAGAAUAAAAUUUAUCCUCAGAAUUGCUUUCUUAACAUAGAUGUACCAACCGAUGUUGCCCAUUCCAAGGGGUAUCGCCUGACCAAGCAAGGCAAGACUAUUUACAAACAGGGAUGGAAGCAAGUUUUUUCGGAAGCACAAGGAGGAAGAAUGUUAUCCACAAUGACAAUGGAUUCAUCAGCAAGUAAAGAAACAUAUGUGGAAGAGAGCAACUUAAGCACGCAACAAGAACAACUAUUGUUCAAGAGAGAAGCCAAGGGAUCAGAACUGGAUGAUGGGGAUAAUGAUUACUCUUUCCUUCGACAAGGAUAUAUUACUGUUACACCCCUUGGCGCCUUAUCUCCUGCAGCGAUGGAUGACGUGGAAUUUUUCAAAGGAUGGCUGCCUGGUGUUUGUGAGCGUGUCUCUUCCUCUGCUUAAUUUGUGCUCGUAAGAUCUCUGCAAUCGGAUAUCAAAGCACUUGCUGCCGUUCACUUCAUACAUCAAGUUGAUUCUUGUGCAACUACAUCAAUUUCUCCAAAUUUUUGUGACCAUAAUGAACUAGUGAAGUCAUUUCUCUUCCUAGAUGCCAUUUGUUGUUUAGGAUCAUGCAUCUAUAGAACUGCUCUCUCAGAUCAAGGAAAGCUGCCUAUUGUAAAAGUUUCUGCUUUGUCUUCUCAUAUUUAUUUGUUUGCUUCUGUUUUUAUUUUUAAUUUCAUUAUUGGUUUCUUGUU